AUGUACAACAAGAUGCUGCUCAAUCGUAUAAAACCAUAUCUCGAGAAAAUCUUUCGAACAAACCAAAAUGGUUUCAGAGAAGGCAGAUCCACAAUAGGUCAAAUAUUAACUCUAAGAAAAGUAAUUGAAGAAGUCCAAAUUAAUAACAUCCCUGCAGUCCUUGCUUUUAUCCAUCAGCAGAGAAAAAUUAUUUCAAAUACUGGCAUCUAUGGCAUUCCUCAAACCCUUGGAGCCAUGAAAUCAGCAUAUGUAAACACCACAGCACAAGUAAUAACUGAAGAUGACAAUACUGACUUCUUUAACAUCGAAGCAGGUGUAUUGCAAGGUGACACUCUAGCUCCAUAUCUUUUUAUAAUUAUGGUAGACUAUAUAAUGCGAAAAUCUACCAACGGAGCAGAGAAUCUUGGUUUAACCCUAAGAAAAGACACAGACUUUGCAGAUGACAUAGCACUCCUCUCAGACACCACUGAUGAUGCACAAAACCUACUCACAUUAGUAGUUGAGGCAGCCGAAAAUGUUGGUUUAAACAUAAAUGAAGACACGGCAGAAUAUAUGACAUAUAACAUCAAAAGCAGCACUAAACUAGAAGCAAACGGAAAACCAUUAAAAAAAGUAAAUUACUUUAAAUAUCUUGGCUCAUGGGUAGACAGUUCCCCCAGAGAUAUGAAAAUAAGAAAAACAAGCAUGGACGGCAAUACAUAA